AUGCUCUUCAUCCGUCGCUACUGCACUGAUAGUGCUAGAACAGCAUCUUCGACAUUUAUUUCCAAUUCAGGUCUCAAGUACAUUCGAAGCAAAGUGCUGAAAGCGGAUCCAAAGAAUCACAGUAAAAGCUUGUUUCUCGCGCAUCGCGAUGGCUUACCAUUUGUCUUGAAAACCGUGUCUCCAUCUGUAUUCGAGCAAUCGAAUGGGCUUAAACAUGAAUUCAAGAGCAAGCGAUUUCGACACCAUAUCGACGAAAGUGAAAAUGAAUGUGUUCUUGUGUAUGAAUGGUACAAAGAUGACUUGCUUCAAUUGAUUCGAAAACAACCAGACAUCCCGCUGAGGUCUCGAAAAUGGAUAUUGCGAGAAAUAGCAGAGACAUUGAUGGAUUAUCAUGCCAAGAACUGGAUUCAUAUAGAUGUGAAGCCUGACAAUGUUUUCGUCGAUUGGAAUACCGAUUCGCAAGGUCAUAUAAAACCAGAAAGAGUCGCGCUAGGAAAUCUCGACCUCUCAUUGAAGCUCGAAGGCGAUCAUCUUCUUAACAUCCCCAACGGGGGAAUGAUAGGAAAUUGUCUCUUCGUGAUCACGACCGUAGAAAAGCUACAAGUAAAUUUCAGGGAGCUGGACGAAGAAGGGACAUCGCAUAGAGAUGCAUUGAUGCAGAUUCUACUUGUGUAUUUCGGUCCACUCCCGAAGGGGUUGCUGACGCAUAUCAAGGACGAAGUUUGGGUUCAAAAGAUCAAGGAAUCCGCGGCGGCCUUGGAAGAAAUGGGUAUAGGUGACGAUGUGCGGCUUGCCAAUUGGACUCAAGAGUCGCAGCCGGAUUUGGAUGUUGAUACGAAGAGAUUCUUGUCCAGGAUGUUGAAUUUGGAUCCUGCGAGAAGAGCGAGGAUGGAGCAGAUUUUGGUUGAUAGUUGGUGGAGUAGUUAG